CGAAACCUCCCUGACAGAGCGGUCCCCCUCGAACGCGCACGCGCCCAACAAAAAUUCAAAACGUAAAAAAACCCCCCGUAAACCAAAAGUUAGCUCACGAAACCCGAGGAAAAAAAUCAAAGUUUGGUGCACCGCCUGUGUUUCGUUAAUUCAAAAGGACUCUCCAACGAAUUGAAUUAUGAAGUACGUGGCAGUAGUACUGUGCGCCGUGGCGCUGCACCAGGUGUUGUCGAUGCCAGUUGCCGAGCAGGAGCCCCUGCCAGUGGUGCCCCUGGAGAGUCAGCAGGUCUUGAGGCGAGAGACAAGUGAGACGGUGAGCGAGCACAAGGAGGGCGAGACACCGGAGGAGCAUGCGGCACAUCAGGAGGCAGCAGCGAGACACGUUGACGAAGCUAAACCUGAACUUGAGGAAUCUGUGAAAUCUGCUGAAACGAUCACAAUUGAGGAGGUAGUCGAGCUGAAGGAGGAACCGAAGAGCCCUCAAGCCCAGGAGGUGCGAUCAGCCCCGGUGGAGGUACCCGAAGUGCCGGUUGUAGCUGCGACUCCGGCCGAAUCUAAGGCCGAAGCCGUCCCUGAAGUUAAGAGUGUGCCAGUAGAAGAACCAGUGGUAGACGAAAAAGUCGAUGAACCUAAGCCCGUGGAGCAAACAGCCCCUGUCCAGGAGUCAACACCAGCCGUGAAAUCCGAAGCCCCUGUGGAAUCGACCGUCCCUGUUACAUCAGACACAGUUCCAGUCGAAGAGAAAACGCCUGAGGCUGUUAUCAGCGAGGAGGCUAAACCCGUUGAGGAGAAGAAAGAAGUCAAACCCGAGAACACAGACCGCGUGACCCGUGGAACUGAGGAUGCCAAACAAACAGAGACACCGGUGUCAGCUCCAGUUGAGCCAGUAACAGUUCCAGAAGUAGCUGCCACUGUAUCUGAAUCAGAGAAGAAGGAGGAAGAGAAGAAGCCAGAGGAGGAGAAGAAGAUUGAGGCGGUCGAGGCGGAGAAGAAGGAGGAGGAGAAGAAGCCAGAGGCCGAGACCACACCAGCAGUUGAAGGCAAACCAGAAGAAAAACCAGAACUCAAAUCUGAAAUCAAAGAGGAGCCAGUGGUGGCAGCAACAGAGGCUGUAGAAGAGCCAAAGAAGGACGGCGAGAAGGAAGUAGCUGUUCCCAUUCAGGGAAAAUCAGACGAGCCAAUAGUCGAGGCCAAGAGAUCAGCUGACGAGAAGAUUGAGGCAGCUGAGAACAAGUCAGUGGACAAGGCACCCCAGGCCAAGUCUGAGGACAUCAUUGAAGCUCAACCUGAGGCCGCUAAGGAGGCAGUCCCAGAGCCCCAAAAACCAGCUCAAGAGGCUGUAGAAGCUGCCAAGGAGGAGAAGAAAGAAGAGAGCAGCGCUGAGGACAAAUCGAGCGAAGAAUCCCUCGAGAAGAAACAAGCCGAGGCUAAAUCAGCUGUUACCAGCUCAUCGGAGGAGUCAAAGGAGGACAAAAAGGAGGAGAACAAGGCUGAGGAACUACCCAAACCCCAGGAGCUCGGAGAGAAGCAGGAAUGAUCCUUCUGUACUCACCCCUCAAGCAAAAAUCAUCAGAAGAAAAUAUUUUUUAUUAAUUCUCCAUCCAACUCAAAAUGUGUGAUUGAUACUUGUUACGAUUGCUUUACAUGAAUGACUCUCAUUAUGAGACAAGAGUACGAAUGUAUUCACUUGACUGAUUGAACAUUUUUUUUCUUUUUCCUUUAUAAACGAGAGAAUGUGAAACAAUUCCUUUCUUGUUUGAAUAAUUUUUCAUCGUGAAGAAUUUGAGAGAUUGUCACGACGAGACGUCUUGCCACUCUCCCUGGCGCGAUACGACCUCGGGUAAGAGAAUUUUUUUUCUUUUCAAAUGGUGAAAUAAUUUUCUUUAUUAUAAAAUUAAUCGUUUAACCGAGCUCGAACCACUCGGGAUGGUGGCAUUUUUGCGAAUUAUAUUUUGUCGCUCUUCGUCACAAUUUUUCCUUAUGCUGUAAUUUUUUUUUUCCGAUAUAAUUUUUAUCCAAGAAUCCAUUUUCUUCGCAUCCCCCUUCACCCCUCCAAACUUCCUUCAAAUCCAUCCUCCGAACAUUUUGUUCCUCUAGAUGUUAUGUGUCAUGACUAUUGAAAAUAUUAUUUUACAUUUAGAUGAGAAAAAUAAAGUGGAAAAAUGAAAAAAAACGAAUGGAUCAGUAGUACUAUAUUUUAUUAUAUUAAUAUUGAUCAAUGAUUUGUAUUAUUGAGAUAUCAGAAACAUCGUUACUGUAAUAAUAAUUGUGUAUUAUUAUAAA